AUGAAGACCCUCCUCAUCUUCACCCUCUUCCUGAUUUCAGGUGGAGGAGAAUCAGAGAGAGUGAUGGGAUAUUCAGGAGGAGGAGUCCUCAUCAAGUGUAGAUACGACACAGGAUACACAUCAAACCAGAAAUAUCUCUGUAAGGGUCCAUGGUCAAACUGUGCUGACCAGAUCAAGACCGAAGUUAAAAAUGAGUGGAUAAACAGUGGAAGAUUCUCACUGUUUGACGACACCAGAGCUGCACAGUUCUGGGUGGUGAUCAGGGAGCUCACUGUAAAGGAUUCUGGAAUGUACAACUGUGCAGUUGAUAAAGAUUUGGCCAUUGACGUCUACAAACGAGUGGAACUGAAGGUAGAGGAAGAUCUGUCCUACAAGAAGAGCAUCAGUGUGACUGGCCAUGUAGGGGGAAGUGUGAACAUCAGCUGCAAAUACUCACAAUCCCACAGCAGUUACCCCAAGUUUCUCUGUAGGAGAGUGGGCACUGCUGACUGUAAUAAUACAACAUCAGUUAAAGAGAGCAGAAGAUGGAGAAAUGAGGGGAAACUCUCUCUACAUGAUGAUGGAAAGCAGAUCUUCACUGUGAUCAUCAACAAUCUGACUGAGGGAGACUCUGGUGAAUACUGGUGUGGAGCUGAAUCAGACUGGACAUCUGACCAUGGAUACAAGGCCUAUAUCACACAGAUCAACCUCACAGUUACUGAACGACGAGCAAUGACAGCCUCAACAUCACCAUCAAGCUCAACUCCACAGAGCACAGAAACAACCUCCUCUACAGCGCCUACAACUACAGUGAAUUCCUCAUUUAAGACUUCAACAGCAUAUUCCUCUAUGGUCAUUGUUGUGAUUUUGGCUCUGCUUCUGAUGGGACUCCUAUUCUUCAUUGUUACUCUUAAAAAGAGAAGCAAGACUCGAGACCCAGGCAGAAACCAAAGCCAACCCCUCAGAGAAUUCUCAGUCCACAGGGUUUCUCAGGCUUUGUAUGACUACGAGGAGAUUGACAUCACACACCUUCCUUCUUCAGACAACAGAGCUUCCACAGUCUACUCUCCUGCUCAGCUACCUACAAACCCAUCAGAACCUUCUCAGGUUGUUUAUGUUACCAUCAAACUCUCCUGA